CCACGCUCAAACCUGUCUAGCAACACAAAUCUGGGAACAUAUUUUUCUCACGUUGACAAAACAACACUACAGCUCUGAAGUUUGGGACUGAGAUCUGCCGGACUAAGCCAACAGAGAGAUCAUAGUAUUUGCUACUUAUGUGAAUUAUUCAAAUGCCCCACAAGAAGCAGCCGAGGCAUUAUUCUGAUCAUCUAUGAUCUCAUGAUGACUAUUUCUAAACCUUGAUCUCCUGUCUGCACCAAGCACCUGCCACAUAUCAGGCUUGGGAUCAGUAGAUGUGGGCCAAAAUGUCACUUUCACAACAUGUUCUGGUGAACUUUGAAUACAAUUACAAGACUCGAGAUGGUAGAACGGUGUCCAUCAAACCCAACGAGCACUACAUUCUUGUAGCCAAGACAAAUGACAACUGGUGGCAUGUUCGCCGGGAUGAAACGGACAAGCCUUUUUACAUCCCAGCUAAGUAUGUGACGGAGCUUCCACCUGAGAGCAACCAAACUCCACUGGACCCUCCGGAAGAGUUUAGCGGGCAUGAAUCUGAAUGUUCAAGCUCAGAGACAGCUCCUUUUACUCUCCCUGAUACCCACACAUCUGCAGAGGUGACUCUUAGAGUCCCUGCCUCAAUCAAAACGGACACAGAGAAAGAUGGUCAUAGAAUAUCAACAUACAUUAUUCCAAAGUAUUUAUUUGAACCAAAGGUUUUGGAAACAAACCCCAAACAGGCUGAAGCAGAGGCCAGCCUUGCACCUGAACUUGAUAUCUAUGGUACAGAUAAAGGUAUAGUCCAUGACAUGUCCACCAACUCUGCUUCUCCAACUAAUGGGGAAACACCACACACUAUCUUACUGCCUCAUGUCCAUACAAACAACACGCUAUCCACAGAGAUGGAGACAAAAUCAGCCAUGAAUGACAAGGAGACAACAGAGAGGCCUCAGGUAGAUACAAAAAGCUUGGAUCAAGAUAUUCAGAUGCUCAUGAGAACUGGGAGUCCUGAAAUAUUGAACCCCACAGAUAAAAGAAAGAGUUUGUAUGAGAGUAUGGAAACAGUGAGGGAACCAGAAUCCCCAAAGAUUGAGGACAAUCCAACAGGGACUGUGAGGACACCAAGUUCCACCACCGUCCCAACCCCAGGUACUCCGGACAAAUCCAUGGUAGAGGAUGACAGUGCCCUUACAGCCGUGUACGUAAACAUCCCCCAGUUGCGCAGAAGUGUCACUGACACAUCCAGUCCCUUUACCUCUCCAUCACAGGAGUUCCCGCCCCCUCCUGACACCCACCUUCUAGACGCAGGAUGGGAGGUCCACAUUGACGAUCAGAGCGGGCAAGAGUACUACUACCACCCCUCUACGGGCCGCAGCACAUGGGAGUAUCCACUCAGCAACUCCAUGGAGUCUCCGGUGAGGGCAGACGAGUCCCGUUCACCACCUUCUUUCCCCCAGUGUUUUGGCUCCUCACCCGUGAGCCCUCCUCCUCUUCCUCAGAGGUGGAGCUCUGAUUGGGAGAAGGUGCUGGACGAGAAUACUGGAAGGCACUAUUUCUUCAACUCUGUGUCGGGACAGAGCUCUUGGGAUCCUCCAGAGGAUGUUGGGUCAUCAGAGACCAGGAAUUUUCUAGAAGAUAUCCCGCCUCCGUAUCCUGAUGAAGACUACCCAGCAUCUCCAGAGCAGGAGGAGGAAACAUCUCCACUCCCUGUGCCCUUUUGCACAAAGUAUUCUUUGAUUCAUGUGAAGAAGGCCUCUAUCCCCAGGGCAAGCCUGGAUCAGAGCACGCCUCCUGGCUGGAACCUCACCAUAGACCCUGAUGGAACUUGGGUCUUCACGAGUGAUCACACACAGGAACAGUGGAUCAAGUCGCUAGACGAUGAGGGACGAUCAUAUUACUACCUAAGAGACGGCAGCAAGACCCAGUGGAACUUACCAGAGUACUCUGGUAGUUCAGGCUAUUAUGGAGUGGGAAAUGGGGCUUCAGGUGAGCAGGACGGAAUGGGAUCAAUGCAGAACUGGAGACACAGUACGGGAUACCAGGAGGAUAAGUUCUACUCAUCUUCCUGUAUGAGUAUAUCAGACAACGACAUCUACAGCUCUGCUGAGGUUCAUAAUGUUUCAAUCUUGGAGAAGGCUGGAAUCCUGAACAAAACAAAGGUGUCUGAAAAUGGGAAAAAAGUCAGAAAGAACUGGGCUCAAUCCUGGACGGUUCUUCAUGGAGGAAUACUGACUUUCCAUAAGGACCCAAAGUCCACACCAACCGGAGCAUCAAGCAAGACAAAUCAGAUAGUCCCAGAAUUUACUGUGGAUUUAAAAGGAGCAGCAAUUGGCUGGGCAUCCAAGGACAAAUCAAGCAAGAAAAAUGUUUUGGAGCUCAAGAGUCCGACUGGCGCGGAGUACUUGAUCCAAUACGACACGGGAAGCAUUAUCAGUGACUGGCAUAAAGUCAUUGUAGAUACCAUACGCCAGCUGGAUUUGGAUCAGCACCACUCUGAAGAUGAGGAGGAAAUCAGUGAAAAGUCCUCCAGCACAGACAGAGAGGAGAGAUUCAUAGACAAAAGAACUAUGAGCAAUGCAACACGACAGCCUUCCACAAGCUUAACAUCUGAAGCAGAUCAGAAGAAAGUUCGCACCAAACUGAAGAAGUUUCUCCUGAAGCGGCCCACCCUGCAGUCCGUCAAAGACAAAGGCUAUAUCAGAGAAAAUGUAUUUGGAUGUCACUUGCACAAUUUGUGUGUUCAGGAGAGGACCACAGUACCCAGCUUUGUAGAGAAAUGCAUCCGGACUGUAGAGAAAAGAGGUUUGGGAAUCGAUGGACUCUACAGGGUUAGUGGGAAUCUGGCGGUCAUUCAGAAACUGCGUUUCAAAGCAGAUCAUGAGGAUCUGGACUUGGAGGAGGGUAACUGGGAUAUCCAUGUGAUCACAGGAGCACUAAAGCUGUUCUUCAGAGAACUACCGGAACCGCUCUUCCCUUACAAUCUGUUCAAUGAGUUCAUCUGUGGCAUCAAAAUUCCUGAAUAUUACAAUAAACUUAACCACAUGAAAAAUCUCGUAAGAUCUUUACCAGCACCCAACCAUGACACAAUGGAAGCGUUAUUCAGCCAUUUACGCAAGGUUGUUCAGCAUGGAGCUGAGAACAGAAUGACUGUGCAGAACGUGGCCAUUGUUUUCGGCCCAACGUUACUCAAACCUGAGUUGGAGACAUCAAACCUAACCAUGUACAUGGUCGUCCAGAACCAGAUUGUAGAGUUCUUGCUCAAUGAAUUUGAGCCUAUCUUCCACACGUGAUUAACAUAAACACUCAGGGGCAAAUAUCAAGCAUCAGAUGAUAAUGCGUUGCCUUUUUGGGCUGAAUCCACAACCCCACUUAAAUGCUUAGAUAAUGGGAGCGAAAUGAUCAAAACUGAUGUGACCGCUGUGUGAAGGAAAGCUACAUUUUACAGCAUAUUAUGAAUGGAGAGGCCAUAAAUAUAGAAAAGUAAACUUCAUAAUUAAUAUUUUAAUAUCACUUAAACAGAAUUAAGGAUUAUGUAAGUAGUUUAAAUAUUGAAAGGGCAGCACGUUUAAAAAUUGUUUAGAGUAUGUAGUUUAAACAAUUUUAAUGUGUUGUCUCUUAGACAUAAGGAAAAACCCCUCACAAUAAUGUUGAAGUAUAUUUGUCCGAGUGUAUUUGUGAACUUUCAUUUAUAAAAAAAAAAGUUAUUAGCUAAUUUCUUUUUUUUGCAACACACAAACAGAACAUUUCUUUGGCCUUUUGCCUCUCUAGUGUAGUGCAAAACCCUGAAGGUUUUAAAAGUCGCCUUUAGUUCCUACAAUGGUUUACUAUGGUUACAAUUUGUAAUGUGAAAGUAGAGUAAUAUUUUAAAUUACAAUGUUCCUGUGUUUAGGUGAACUAUGUUAUAAUCUUUUAUGUUUUCUAAUACUCUGUAACAUAGAAAUGUACAAAGAAAAUACUGCCGGUUUGUAAAUGUAAAUUGGGAAUGCCAAGUUACAUGUACAUUGUUAUUAAGCCACAAUAUUGUAGACUUUGCGGUUCGAUAAUAUAGCAUCUGUAAAAUGGAAUUUGUACAUAGAUUAAGCAUUAAUAUUUUAUUACAACCUGCCGCACUCACAUAAUAAUCAUUGUAAGUUGUUUGAAGGUGGGUGUAUAUAGAAAAGGCGUAUUUAUGCUGUAAAUUACUUUGAGUAAACAGGCUUUUAAUAAAG